AUGGCUACUCAACAACCAGUUGCUGGAUUGGUUCCACAACAAAUUCCAAGACAAGUUACUCAUGCUCAACCUGUUGUUCAAUCACAAGCCCAAGCUCAAGCUCAAGUGGCACAAGUAUCAUCUCAAGAACAAGAUUUAAAUAACGCCACUGCUGAAACAUGGUUAGCUAUUGGUUCAUUUGCAGAAUCAUUAGGUGAUGCCGAUAGGGCUGCUGCUGCUUAUGAUGCUACUUUGAGACAUGCUCCAAAUUCAGCACCAGCUUUAACUUCUUUAGCUAAUUUAUACAGAGCUCGUGAUAUGUUUGCAAAAGCUGCAGAAUUAUACCAGCGUGCUUUAACUUCUAAACCAGAUGAAGGUGAAACCUGGGGUUUACUAGGGCAUUGUUAUUUAAUGCUGGAUGAUUUACAAAGAGCAUAUGCUGCUUAUCAACAAGCCUUGUAUCAUUUAAGUAAUCCAAAUGUUCCAAAAUUAUGGCAUGGUAUUGGUAUACUUUAUGAUAGAUAUGGCUCACUGGAAUACGCAGAAGAAGCUUUUGGUAGAGUUUUAGAAUUAGAUCCAAAUUUUGAAAAAGCAAGUGAAAUUUAUUUUAGAUUGGGUAUUAUUUAUAAACAUGAAGGUAAAUUACCUCAAGCUUUGGAGUGUUUUAGAUACAUCUUGCCAAAUCCGCCAGCCCCUUUGACACAACCAGAUGUUUGGUUUCAAAUCGGUGCUGUUUUAGAGCAACAGCGUGACUAUAAUGGUGCAAAAGAUGCUUAUCAAAAAGUAUUAGAAGCAAAUCCAAAACAUGCAAAAGUAUUACAACAACUUGGUUGUUUGUAUUCUCAACAAGGUUCCAAUUUUAUAGAUCCAGAAAUAGCUUUGAGAUUAUUAAGUCAAUCACUAGAAAUUGAUCCAAGUGAUGCACAUUCCUGGUAUCACCUUGGUAGAGUACAUAUGUCAAGAGGUGAUUAUACUUCAGCUUAUGACGCUUUUCAACAAGCUGUUAACAGAGAUGCAAGAAACCCAACUUUCUGGUGCUCAAUUGGUGUUUUAUAUUAUCAAAUUUCACAAUACAGAGAUGCACUGGAUGCGUAUACAAGAGCUAUAAGAUUGAAUCCAUAUAUUAGUGAAGUCUGGUACGACUUGGGUACAUUGUAUGAAACAUGUAACAAUCAAAUCAGUGAUGCUUUGGAUGCUUAUAAACAAGCUGCUACUUUGGAUCCAAACAAUCCACAUAUUCAAGCAAGAUUAGAUCAACUAACAAAAUUCCAAAAAGAAGGGGGUUCAAAUGGUAAUUUACCACCUCCACCACCACCAUCUCAACAACCAAGAUUACCUCAAGGUAUGCUACCGCAACAUCAACAACCUGGUCAACAACAACCUGGUCAACCACCAGUUCCUGGCCAACAACAACCUGUAUUACAACAAUUACAACUAAAUCCUCAACAACAGCAACAACAGCAGUUUCAACAACAGCAACAAUACCAAUAUCAACAACAACAAGCUCAGCAACAAGCCCAAGCUCAACAACAACAACAACAACAACAACAACAACAACAACAACAACAACAGGCUCAAGCCCAACAACAAGCACAACAACAGCAUGCUCAGCAACAAGCCCUACAACAACAGCAAGCUCAACAACAACAGCAGCAACAACAACAACUACAACAACAACAAGCAAAAGAAGCGGAAGCCAUUAGAGCAUCAACUCAACAACCAAAACAACCAGAGAUUGUUUCUGCUCAACCAGACCAAACUAGAUCUCAAAGUCCUAAUGGAUCAAAACAAUCGGAUUCUAAUUUUCAAAAAGGUGUACCAUCUAAACGUGAACUAGAAGAUCCAGCUCAGGGUUCUAGAAAGGUUAAAAAAGCAAACAACAAUGAAAUCACAAGUAAUGAACACUCAAUCAAAAGAUCAAACAUAAAUUCAUUGGUUGAUGCCCCUUCUAAUGGUACUGAAUCACCUGCUCCAACACCAGCUGAACAAAUUAAAGUGGCCGAAGAAACACAAAAACCAACUGAAGUUCAACAACAACAAACUGAAGACGCAGUUUCAAAGGCCAAAGAACAAACACCAGCCCAAACUGAAGAACCAAAAACUGAAUCUGUGCCUGCUUCUGAAAAUAAAGAUUCUACCCCUGUUGAAGAAUCUAAAAGUGCCGCUGAGUCAACUACUGAUACCAAAGUAAGUGCUGAUGCUGUUGCUGAAAAAGAAGCCGCUGUUGAUCCAAAAGAAGAUCUACCUGAAAAAUCUGAAGAAACUAAAGAACCAGAAACUAAUGGUAAAGCUGAAGAAUCAUCCGAGCCAAAACCUGUCGGUGAUGAUAAGAAAGAAGAAGAAAAAGAGGUAACUAUUAAACCAUCUGAGGAGGCCAUCGAAAAGAUUAAAGAAGAUCAACAAGCCCAAGAUGAAGAACCUUCAACCUCAGACGAGCCUAAGAAGGAGGAACAAAAAGUUGAAACAAGAAAAAUCGAAGAAGAUGAUGAUUAUGAUGAUGAUGACGAUGAUGCAAAACCAAAUGGUCAAGAAUCAUAA